AUGACAGACUUGUUUGAAUCGUACGCGUCAGACUUUGCGCAGCUGCAAAAGUCGAUUGAGGCGCGUCUCGCCGUCGACUUCACAAGUAUGUCGGCAGACACGCGCCGCUCGGCAUUACGGCAUGCCGAUGCCGAGGCGGAAGAGGCCGGCGAGCUAGUAAUGCAGAUGGAGCUCGAGGUCCAAUCAUUCCCCACGAGCGUGCGAGACCGAUACAUGAAAGAGCUACAUGCACUCAAAGAGAGCUUGGACAAGCUGCAACUCGAUAUUCGCGCAAAGCAGGGCGAUCGGACACCCUAUGGCUCGAGUGGUCUGCCGCUCGACGACCAUACGUAUACAGAUCUCGAGGCCAACGACGAAGCAUACCAGCGGCAGCGUCUGCUGCAAGGCACACAGGUCCUAGAACGCGGAUCUGAGCGCCUCGCACGCUCCACGCGCCUGGCACUGGAGACGGAAGAUGUGGGCGCUGGGAUCCUGCAAGACUUACAACGUCAGCGUGAGCAGAUUGAGCAUAGUCGCGAUACGCUCCAUGGUGCAGAUGCACAUAUCGAUCGGUCUUCACGCACGUUGCAGCAAAUGAUUCGACGUGCCAAGCAGCAAAAGCUCGUCACGACCAGCAUCAUUGUCGUCCUCGUCCUCCUCAUCCUCCUCAUUCUGUAUGCCAAGCUGUUCUAG